CUCGCCGUGUCGUUGCGCCCGGCCCGGCGCUCCCGCCCCCCGCCGCGCUCGCUGUCCCGGGGCAGCCGGGGCGGCGGCGGCUCCGCGCGCCAGGCCCGGCCAUGGCGCUCCCCGCGGCCGCGCAGCGCUGCCCGUAGUUAACCAGUGGAUGAGAAAUUAUCACUUUCCCGUCGUGCUGCAACAUCCCAACCCUCCCUGAUUUUGCAGAAGCGAAUGUCUGACCAUCCUGUAGGCAUGGCUCACCUGAGAGAGUUUGCCAGCCAGCACUCCAGAGUGGACCCUGAGGAGUUGUUCACCAAGCUGGAGCGGAUCGGCAAAGGAUCCUUUGGUGAAGUGUAUAAAGGGAUCGACAACCGCACCAAGGAGGUGGUGGCUAUCAAGAUCAUUGAUCUGGAGGAGGCUGAGGAUGAGAUCGAGGACAUUCAGCAGGAGAUUACAGUGCUCAGCCAGUGUGAUAGUCCCUACAUCACCCGGUACUAUGGCUCAUACUUGAAGGGCACUAAGCUGUGGAUAAUCAUGGAGUACCUGGGAGGAGGUUCAGCCCUGGAUUUGCUGAAGCCGGGACCGCUGGAGGAGACUUAUAUAGCUACUAUCCUGAGAGAAAUCCUAAAGGGUUUGGAUUAUUUACACUCAGAGAGGAAGAUCCACAGGGACAUCAAAGCUGCCAACGUGCUGCUUUCGGAACAAGGAGAUGUGAAACUGGCUGACUUUGGGGUGGCUGGACAGUUGACGGACACCCAAAUCAAGAGAAACACCUUUGUGGGGACUCCGUUCUGGAUGGCACCAGAGGUCAUCAAACAGUCUGCUUAUGACUUCAAGGCAGACAUCUGGUCCCUUGGAAUUACAGCCAUUGAACUUGCAAAGGGAGAGCCUCCAAAUUCUGACUUGCAUCCUAUGAGGGUUCUCUUCUUGAUCCCCAAAAACAAUCCUCCAACACUUGAGGGUCACCACAGCAAGCCCUUCAAGGAGUUUGUGGAAGCCUGUCUCAAUAAGGAUCCUAGAUUUAGGCCAACAGCUAAAGAAUUGCUAAAGCACAAGUUCAUCACACGCUACACCAAGAAAACCUCAUUCCUAAUGGAGCUGAUCGAUCGAUUCAAGCGCUGGAAGUCAGAGGGCCAUGGAGAAGAUUCCAGUUCUGGUGAUUCCGAUAUUGAUGGAGACGCAGAAGAUGGAGACCAGGGUCCAAUCUGGACAUUCCCACCAACCAUUCGCCCCAAUUCCUUGAGCAAGCUGCACAAAGGAAUGCCUCUUCACGGUUCCCAGAAGCCUACUGAGCCCAUUAAGAGGCAACCACGGUCACAGUGUCUCUCCACGCUUGUUCACCCAGUUUUUGGGGAGCUCAAAGAUAAGCACAAGCAGACUGGAGGCAACGUGGGAGCCAUGGAGGAGCUGGAGAAUGCAUUUAGCUUGGCUGAGGAGUCCUGCCCAGGCAUCUCUGACAAACUGAUAGCACACAUGGUGGAGCGGGUACAAAGGUUUUCACACAGUCGGAACCACCUGACCUCUGCCCGCUGACACCCACAUUCCCUGCUGCUGUCGUGAGGGGGGAAGGAUUUUUUCCAGCUUCAUAAGAACUACAUCUCUAAUCCAGACCACCAUCUGCCGUUGGAUGUGACAUUGUGUGACGGACUCCAGGACAUUUCAGAGCCUUCAUGUUAGCCGUGUUUUCAUGAUAACCCAGGGUGGGGUUUGCGAUGCAAGUACAAUUUAGACCUUUUGCAGAACCCGAGACGGGUGGUCUAAUUGUUUUUACAAUGUAAUCAAUGCAGUUUUUAAUUGUUUCCCUAUGGAUGUGUCCAUUUUGGCUUGGUUUGAUUCACAGCUUGUUUCUGGUAAAUGCCUGGCUGCUGGAAAAGAGGGAGAUUCUCUUCCACUGAGAUGUGUUUCACAGGCGAGUCUGAUGGGUUUUAGCCUCCUGGCCUUCCUAAAGAAGUGUUUGUGAGCAGUCAUGUGUGAGUGCAGGGAUGUUGGGAAGCUCUCCAGGCACUAGAGCCUCUUGGAGAGCGAGAGCAGCUCUCCAGUUGUUCUGGAGGAUCACUUCAACCCCUUCACACACGAGUAACAAAACGCUUUCCAGAGCAGCAGCAGCUGAGCUGAUGCGCUGCCGCUCUUUCCCAGCCUGUUGUUUCACAGGAGGAUGGAUUUGCUGACUGUACUUUUUUUUGGCUCUGGGACAUCAUUUUGUAUUAGGCCUUGGUUCAUCUACUUCAGGCAACAGCAGAACUUGCUGUCAGUCUCUGGGAACCAGAAGGCAAAGUGGGUCCUUUUGCUGUGGGAGCUGGGGGGGUUCCUGUCCUUGGCACUUUCAGCAGCAGAAGCAACCAGACAGGCAGGCUGGGCAGUGCUGGUCUCUGAGGUGAGCAGACACUGUGCAGGCCCAAAUGGGGCAGAAGGGUUAAGAAGGGGGAGUGGGUGGAACACAGCAGCCAAAGGCACUGACAGGGCUUUGGUUUACAAAGCAGAGGGACACUACGUAGCAGUUCUCAAGGCAACAACCUGUCCUCUACAGGAAGGCAUAAACUGGAUGGCUUGCAGCAGUGUGGCGGGGCUGGGGGUUCCCAAAAGCUGCUCUAGGCAUCCCCUUCUCAACCUUUCCUUUCUGGCUCUUCCUUCAGCCUGGGAUCCAAACUCGCUGCAGCCAGGGCUCUGCUCCAGUUGACAAGCUGGGGUGGUGUUUGCUAGCAGAGCAAUUAAAGCAUCUGCUGUGUUGGUUGCUUAAGGUAUUCCAGCAGAGCCAUCCCCAAGGAGCUUUGCUUUCUGUGUCAUACUAGUUUAUAAAGCAAAUCUUUAAUUCAGGUAAGCUCACAGAUCUUAAAUCUACACUUUAAAGGUCUAGAAAAACAGACUUAGGAAAAUAACCCCUGAUAGCUGGUUGCCUAGAGACCUGCCCUCUAAUUGUGUAAAGAUUCCCAUGAAGUCAGCAAGACCUCAGUUAUCCAGAUCUUUCUGUCUGGGUCUUUGUGUGUGGAUGAUGUGGCUCACCCCAGAGCUGCUGAGAACAGAGGCUGGAGCUGUUCAGCCACUUUAUUAGAAGCAAGGCUUGAUUUUUGGUACUUGGAUUCAGACCUGCAGAUUUUAAGUGCUCAGGAGGACCAUAUGUUCCCUCAUCCUGGUGUGCAGUGUUCACUUUAGCUUAUGACUAUCCUUUAUUCUUCCUGAUGGAUAAAUCCAGGCUCAGCAACACUAUGAACCUGUCCCAUAGAGCAGAGGUGCUGCUGUUGGGUUUUGCUGGAUCUCUGCUGCAGAGCAGUGUUCUGCUGUGGUGUGAGCCAGCUCAGAGCCUGCAGUUAGGAAGAGCAGAACAAACCCAUUUUUCCCUUAGGAGAAGUUAAUGUAUAGACAGGAAACUUGGAGAGGGGGAAGGUAGAGGCUGCAGGCCAGCAGAAGGGCUCCUGCUGCUUUUAAAGUUGCUGUUCAUGACGGUAGCAAACCGUGUUGAUAAGGUACCUGUAUCGUUACUCACACUCUCUGCAGUGUAAUGAGUAAACUUUUUAAAGGAAACAGUCCCCACAACCUUUGUCCAGUACUCAAAGCAACAAUGGGUUUAGUUUUUAAAAACGUUGAAAGGGAUCUGCCACUUUCAAUAAAGUAACAAAACAAA